GACUCAUUUAUGCUGACGGCGAACAAUUCGGGAUAGUCGCUCAUCGUCGUCCGACCGACAUUGCUUGACAUUCCAGACGUUGACCAACCCCCUUUCAUCGCGGUCCAACUCCGUCGUUUCUUUAUUUCGACCAUCUCAAUCAGUCUUCGCAAUGUCGGGAGCAGCAUCUGCCGCAGCAGGUUCGAAGUUCCAGGCUUUCAUGAAUCACCCGGCCGGCCCCAAAACGGUGUUCUUCUGGGCUCCGAUGAUGAAGUGGUGCUUGGUCGCAGCUGGGUUGAAGGAUCUCUCGAGGCCAGCAGAGAAGCUUAGCGUAUCACAGAACGUCGCUCUCGCUGCAACCGGCUUCAUCUGGGUUCGUUACUCCUUGGUGAUUACCCCAGUUAACUACAGUCUGGCCGCGGUCAACUUCUUCGUUGGAUCGACUGGUCUCGGUCAACUAGCUAGGAUCUGGCACUACCAACGCACUAAACAAGAUCCGAUACUUGACCUGAUCAAUUCGAGAAAGGCGGAAAAGGCGGCUGCGGCUGCGAAGGCAUGAGUCAGUUUUGAUUUCGCUGUGUUCGUGGUGGGAUGAUGCCUGACGGAUUGCCA